GCCAGGCGGCGGAGGCGGAGGCGGCGACGGUGCUGAUCCAGCACCCCGGCGGCGGCGGCACGGAGCGCGCUUACUGGGCGCUCUCUGCAGAGACCGUCAUGGCGGCCAAUCCGGGCCACUACGUCGCGGCCGUCAUCACCACCGCGCAGCCGGACGCGGGAGACGGAGCAGCCUCUUCUGCUGCCGCGCCCGUGAAGCACCUCAAGCUGCUCCGCCCCGACGACACGCUCCUGCUCGGCCGCGUCUACCGCCUCGUCAGCUUCGAAGAGGUGCUGAGGGAGUUCGCGUCGAACAAGCGGCAGGUGAAGCUGAGCCGCGUGACGGUAAGGGCCAAGGACGAAGACGAGGACGUGAAGCCGGCGUCGAAGCAUCGCCGCGCCAGUGGCGACGUCGGAGAGCGCAAGGAAUCCGAGAGGUCACUCGCCAAGGUCCUGCGCCAGACGGAGGAGCUGGAGCCGGAGGCAGACCCGUCGUCGGGCCCCAGCGCCAAGCACAGGCAAGCCGACACCGACACGCCAGCCGACCUGGAGGCCCUCCUGCCGCACAGGGCGCUGCUCGGCCACCGAGCCGCCCGGCAAUGGAGGCCCGCGCUGCAGAGCAUCGCAGAAGGCGGAGGGUGAGUGGCCGGGAUAGCUCCGUGCAAAGUCAGUCGCUAUUUGCGAGGUAGACAGCGUAUUGUAAAAAUAAGUUUACACUGGCAACAUUGUGUAUGUCGACGUGUAUAACAUUGUUUUGUAAUGUGUCUACGUAGAAGAGUUUGAAAAAUAGAGUGAUAUAAGGCGUAUGAUAUGGAUUCGAUGGUGUGUUUGUAAGGUGGCAGGCGAGUAGUGGCAUACGCCAUCGCAUAAAAUCUCUAGUCUAUUUCUUGCG